UUCGAAACCUCUACUCACUCGCUAAGUCUUUAAUUUAGAUUCUCAAUAUUGGAAAUGCGCGAAUCAAAGCCGCGGGGGGAACGCACUCGAGAGGAUGAUAUCGGGGGUGGAUCAUCGACUGAAUAGUUUGAGGAUGCAAAGAAAGAUAAAAAAGGCCAAAGCUGAACAUGGAGCCGAGUUUUACUGAGGCUCCUCUCGGAAAUCUAGUCAUUUUGUUUGUUGCUGUUUUCCUGAGAUCUUAAUUGUUCAAUUUUUGCUACCCAUACGCUGAAGGAUUUUCCCUCUGUAUAAUGAUAUUUUUUGCUCUUCUGAAUCUCCUGAAGCAAUGUUCUUGAGAGCCACAUCACUUUUAGCCCCCAGGAUCUUAGCCUAACGGAUAGACAAGAAGGCACCAGCCAAGUUUAUGUCGUAUAUAGUAUCUCUGUUCAAGCAACUCGCCAAUAUGGAUGGGAUAGAGCGCGCAAGAGCUAUCUUUUUGAUACCUUUCUCAGCGCUUAGCAAGGUCGUAGAGGGUCGUCGUCAUUUGUCAUGAACAGUCGGAAAGUAACCGUUAGCAGCCGUUGCAUUCUCAAGGUAGCUUAUCGACGCCAUUAUAGCCUGGUGAAAUUCACGGUUAUUACCACAGAAGUCAGGCCCGCCUUAAGGGUAGGAUCCCGAGCGCCUCGACAAAGAAACGCACGCUUGAUUACCCUUGAGCGUUGGAGAAAAAGACGUGUGAAGGACGUGAAUAGAGUUUUCGCGACUUCUCUUGGUACGGAGUACAUAUAUGUAUGUACCCAGGAUCGUUGUCGAUGCAAGUCACCCACCGCGAGGAUCCUCUAACGACUGGUGGGCGCAUGGACAUUCUGUUCCGAAGCCCACUUUUAUUUCGGAGCUCGGCGUAAGGCGACCAUACGGCUUCAAUAGGCUGCAUGCUGGACAAAGCGAGGGACGAACCCUUGCUCGUUUUCAAAACUCCGUCGUACUCAGAACUUCCCAGGAUCCUGGGCCCAUGCUUGAGGACCGCAUCCUGCCAAGGAAAAUAAUCUCCACACCUUAUUAUGGAGCACCGGCAGAAGUGCAAUUGAUCCUACUUCGAGCAUGA